CCCUGUCCCGGCACGGCACGGCACGGCAGCGCCCAGGUGAGCGCCCUGCCGCCCGGCAGUGCUCGGAUCGGACCCGACAGGACGGAUGGGGCGGUGGCAGCCGGACCCAGUGGAGACCUCGGACCCGAUGCAAUGGUGGCCCACCCUCCAUAUGAGUUCUGAGCCUGCUGGGUGCUGAGCACCGUCAAUAACCCCACACCAGUGGCACUGCACAGCAUGGGCCUGUUGUGCUGUGUGUGCCUCUGGCUGCUGCUCACCCUGACCCGGCUGUGUGCUGGUGCCUGGCAGUGUCCCCGCAUCCCUUACAGCUCCAUCAGGAACUUCUCCAUCCCCUACACACUGCCCAGCCUCGAUGUUGGCAGCCCCAUCCAGAAUGUUGCUGUCUUCACUGACUCCGACGGCCCAGUCGCUGUCUUUGUGGCUGUCAGGAACCGCAUCCUGUUGGUCAGCCCCGACCUGCGCCUGCUCUCCGUCCUUAUCACCGGCCCGGUGCGCAGUGCCAAGUGUGAGAUCUGUCGCCUGUGCCCAGCCACCACAGAUGGCCCUGAGGACACAGACAAUGUCCUGUUGCUGCUGGACCCGCUGGAGCCAUGGCUGUACAGUUGUGGCACGGCGCAGCAUGGGCUGUGCUAUCAGCACCAGCUGGAGGUGCAGGACGGUAAGGUGGCCAUCACAGCCACGCACUGCCUGUACUCAGCCAUGGGCAACAGCCCUGCGUUCUGCCCUGACUGUGUGGUCAGCCCACUGGGGACCAGUGCCACUGUGGUGGCCACCUCCUACACCUCCUUCUUCUACCUUGGCUCCACCGUCAACAGCAGUGUGGCAGCACGGUACAGCCCACAGUCGGUGUCCGUCCGACGCCUGAAGGGCACCUUGGAUGGCUUUUCAAACGACUUCCAGUGGCUGACGGUGCUGCCGCAAUACCGCAACAACUACACCAUCCACUAUGUGCACUCCUUUGCCGACGGGGACCACGUCUACUUCCUGAUGGUGCAGCCGGAACAGCCGGGAUCAACAGUGUUCCACACGCGCCUGGCACGGCUCAGCACCCACGAGCGUGACCUCCGCCGCUACCGCGAGCUCGUCCUCGACUGCCGCUUUGAGUCCAAGCGCCGGCGCCGGCGCAGCAGCGAGGAGGAUGCUGAGAGGGACAUCGCCUACAACGUGCUGCAGGCAGCCCACGCUGCCCGCCCUGGUGCACGCCUGGCCCGCGACCUCGGCAUCAACGACACCGACACCGUGCUCUUCGGUGCCUUUGCCGAGAGCUGGCCGGAGAGCCGAGUGCCGCAGGAGAACGCGGCUGUCUGCGCCUUCCCCCUCCGCCUCCUCAAUCAGGCCAUGGAGGAGGGCAUGGAGAAGUGCUGUGGAACAGGGCACCAGCCACUGCUGCGGGGUCUCAGUUUCUUCCAGCCGGUGGAGUACUGCCCACACAAUGUGAAUCUGUCAGCACCAGUGAUCAACACCAGCUGCUGGGAUCAGCCCACCCUCGUCCCUGCUGCCUCCCACAAAGUGGACCUGUUCAACGGGCAGCUGACAGGUGUCCUCCUCACCUCCCUCUUCGUCACCGCCAUGGGAGACGUCACUGUGGCCCACCUGGGCACAGCAGAAGGACGCAUCUUCCAGAUGGUGCUCCAGCGCUCCAGCUCCUAUCUUGUGACCUUGUCCAACUUCUCCCUGGGAGAGCCGGGGCCAGUGCGAGGUGCCAUGGGGCUGCAAAGCCACUCGCUGUUCUUCACUGCCGGCACCAAGAUGUGGCUCCUGAACGUCACCGGCCCUGGCUGUCGCCACUUCUCCACGUGCCAGCACUGCCUGCGGGCCGAGCGCUUCAUGGGCUGCGGCUGGUGCAGGGAUGGGUGCAGGCGCCGCCACGAGUGCAGUGGGCACUGGGUGCAGGACAGCUGCCCACCUGUCCUCACCGACUUCCAUCCCCGGAGCGCCCCGCUGCGGGGCCGGACACGGGUGACGCUCUGUGGAAUGACCUUCCGCUCCCACUCGGGCCCCGACCCCAGCCGCAGCCCCCGCGGUGCCAGCCGGGUGGCAGUGGGACGGCGAGGCUGCACCGUGCUGCCGGAGGAGAGCCACAGCUACAGACCCCUGCCCACCUCUCGCCGCAAGGAGUUUGUGGAUGUGCUGGUGUGUGAGCUGGAGCCGGGGGGGCCGGCAGCAGUGGCGGGCCCGGCCGAUGUGGUUCUCACUGUGGAGGAACCCACCAGACCCUUUGGCUUCCGUGUCUACGGCUCUGCCACCCUCCGUGGCUUCGUCUUUGUGGAGCCCAACGUCAGUGCCCUGCACCCCCCGUUUGGCCCCCGGGGGGGUGGCACCCUCCUGUCACUGCACGGCAGACACCUCUCGGCAGGGAGCAGCUGGCGGGUGACGGUCAAUGGCUCCGAGUGUGCCCUGACCGGGCAGCCCAGCCAGGACAACGGGACAAUCGGAUGCACGGCUCCCGCCGCUGCUGGCCUGGGCCCAGCCCGGGUAGCCUUGUGGAUCGACGGGGAGGAGUUCCCGGCUCCCGUGCCCUUCCAGUACCGCCCCGACCCCACGGUAUCCGCCAUCGUCCCCAGCUGCAGCUAUGAGGGCUCGCUGCUCACCAUUAUCGGCACCCACCUGGACUCCGUGUAUCGCGCCAAGAUCCGCUUUGAAGCCGGUGGUGUGAUUACCCAAGCCACAGAGUGUGAGGACCCGCCGGCACCGGAGCGCCUGCUGUGCCACAGUCCAGCUUUCCCCUUCGAGAGCAAGGUGCCCAAGGAGGUGGUGCUGGGGAACCUGAGCGUGCUGCUGGACGGCGCCGAUGGCCGCUGGCUGUUCCGCCUCCGCUACUACUCCCGGCCCAAGGUUUACCCCUUGGAGCAGGAGGGCAGGCGGCUCCGCCUCAAGCCCGGCGAUGAUGAGAUCGAGGUGCACCAAUUGGGGCUGGAUGCCGUGGCCAGCUGCAUGAACAUCACCAUGACGGUGGGGGGCCGGGACUGCCACCCCAACGUCCUGAAGAACGAGGUGACGUGCCGCCUGCCCCGCGAGCUGCGCCUGACCUCCGCUGGGGCCCCCGUGGAGAUCUGUGUGAACGGAGCCUGUGAGGCGCUGGGCUGGGUGCUGUCCCCCCCCACCUCGCUGGACCUGGCCGCCAGCCUGGCUCUGGGUACCGGCAUCACCUUCUUGGUCUGCUGCAUCCUGGCUGCCGUGCUGUUCCGCUGGCGCUGGAGUAAGAGGCGAGGUACGGAGAACCUGGAGCUGCUGGCACAGCCCGGCCGCAGCGACCCCCCCAUCACCACCCAGCGCCCCGGCGUCGACUACAGAGAGGUGCUGGUGCUGAACACAGCGGGCACUCCCGGCCCCGUGGGGCCCCGCACACGAGUCACCAGUGCCGGUGCCAAUGGCAGUGCUGGGGCCGGUGCAGCGGGCGGCGGAUCCCCCAUGCCGCUGCUCAGGGCCUCAUCCUGCUGCCUGGAGGAUCUGCGGCCGGAGCUGCUGGAGGAAGUGAAGGACAUCCUCAUCCCUGAGGAGCGGCUUGUCACCCACCGCCACCAGGUCAUCGGCAAAGGACACUUUGGCAGCGUCUACCAUGGCACCUACACGGACCCACUGCUGGGCGACCUCCACUGUGCUGUCAAGUCCCUGCACCGCAUCACGGACCUGGAGGAAGUGGAGGAGUUCCUGCGCGAGGGCAUCCUCAUGAAGAGCUUCCACCACCCCCAGGUGCUCUCGCUGCUGGGGGUGUGCCUGCCCCGCCAUGGGCUGCCCCUUGUCGUCCUGCCCUACAUGCGCCACGGGGACCUGCGCCAGUUCAUCCGCACCCAGGAGCGGAGCCCUACAGUGAAGGAGCUCAUUGGCUUCGGGCUGCAGGUGGCCCUGGGCAUGGAGUACCUGGCCCAAAAGAAGUUUGUGCAUCGGGACCUGGCAGCCAGGAACUGCAUGCUGGAUGAGACGCUGACAGUAAAGGUGGCUGACUUUGGGCUGGCACGUGACGUGUUUGGCAAGGAGUACUACAGCAUCCGGCAGCACCGCCACGCCAAGCUGCCCGUCAAGUGGAUGGCUCUGGAGAGCCUCCAGACCCAAAAAUUCACCACAAAGUCUGAUGUGUGGUCCUUCGGGGUGCUCAUGUGGGAGCUGCUGACACGUGGGGCAUCGCCGUAUGCUGGGGUGGACCCCUACGACAUGGCCCGCUACCUGCUGCAGGGGAGACGCCUCCCACAGCCCUCUCACUGCCCCGACACCCUCUACAGGGUGAUGCUGAGCUGCUGGGAGCCAGCGCCCGAGGAGAGACCGUCCUUCACCGGGCUGGUGGGUGAGCUGGAGCGUGUCCUGGCCGCACUGGAUGGUGAGCACUAUGUCAACCUGGCUGUCACCUACAUCAACCUGGACUGGGGUCCUCCCUUUCCCCCUGCUCCCCGGGGGCAGCUGACUGAUAGCGAGGACGAGGAUGAACAAAAUGAGGAGGUGGAAGAAGAGAAGGAAGAGGAGGAGGAAGAGAAGGAAGAGGAGGACGAUGACACAUCUGUGUGCUGAUGGGGAUUCCUGCACUGUGGGAUCUCCCAGACCCCCAUAUACCACAGGCACACUCCCCUGAGGAGGGAUGCAGUGUGCAGCCGGAUGCUAUGAGGCACCCUCCCUAUGGGAUGGGUGCUAGGAGGCAGCUGGGUGCUGUGGAGUGCUCUCCAAUGGCUCACACCCAGACGUUGCUGGCUGUUCCCCAGGACUGGUCCUGCACCACAGGAUGCUGGGGGCUCAGUCCUGUGCUGGCUGGGUGGUGUGAGGCUCAGCCCCACAGUGAUGAGUCUGUGCUCUGGGGCUCAGCCCCAUAGUGGAUGGGUGCUGUGGGCCCCAUACCCAGCAGGUGCUGUUGGGUGGCCUGGCCUUCCCAGGGCUCCCAUGGAGUUUCCAGCCUCUUGGCUGCUCAUUAAAACCUAAUUGUAUUUUUUCCUG